AUGAAGUCAAUUGAAAGUCCUAAAAUCAGCUUCAAUAAGGGCAGAUGGUCAAGAGAAGAGCAUGAAUUAUUCUUGAAAGGCUUAGGAGAGUUUGGUGAGAACUGGCAAAAGGUGUCUGGUAUUAUUAAAACAAGAGGAAAAAUGCAGGUCCGAAGCCAUGCACAGAAAUAUUUUAUGAGGAUUAAGAUCCAGAAAGUCUGCGAACUGAAGAGUGAAGCAUUUCCCUUGCUUAUCAGCAAGAAGUAUGAAAAAGACUUUGAGUUCGGUCUCUUUAAUUAUGAAGAGAAUGAAUAUGGACUUGAAGCACUUGAUGACUCUGUGAUAAUUUAUUAA